UAAAGAAUCUGACACCUGAUCAUUUUACAUCCUCUCCACUUUGUAUUCAGCCCUUCACUUACUGAAGCCUUGGACCAGGAAACCUGGAAACUCUCACUUGCUUCUACAUUUAUUUCUCUGGUCAUUUCUACUUCCUGUGUCCUGAACGACUGAUGAACCCGCCCAGACUCAUUCCACAGCAUCGGACCCUGAAACCGAAACUAAACCUUUGAGAGUGCGUCAGCCUCGGAUCCAGCGGGAAGAGCUCGGUCUGAGCUUUGUCUGUCAGACACGGAUUUAACCGGAUUUUCCUCCCGCAGGAUGAAGAUGUUGGAGGUGUUGGUGAUCCUCCUGCUCGUUUCCCAGCAUGCCCUGGGAAUAGAGGUCUAUGAGGGGGAGGAGUCAGUCCUGCUGCCCUGUCAGGUCAACGCCUCAGUUCCUGAGAAGUCCAAAGUGGUCUGGAGUCGCAGGGACCUCAUUGAAUCCAUUGUUCAUCUGCGUCAGCAGAGCGGGGACAACCUCAAAAACCAGAAUGAGCGCUACACCAACCGAACGUCGAUGAGGACGGACGCUCUGCAGACUGGAGACCUCAGCCUCACUCUGAGGAAACCCUCCAUCACUGACAGCGGCUCCUACACCUGCACCGUCAGAGAGUUCGGACUAGAACUGAGCCAGAGUGAAGUACAACUGACAGUCAGAGAACCUCCUCUAACGUGGCCAUGGAUUGUCGCAGGGGUCCUGGUUUCUCUGGUUGUCCUGGCUGCUGUUAUUGGGGUCAUUGUGAAUAAAAAGAUAAAAGAAGAAGUCCAACAGGUGGAGGUGGAUUCAGGGGUGGAGUCUGUCCAUCUGCCCAUCAAAACCACAGUUCACCUGGAUGAAAACGUCAGAGUGGAGUGGACGGACAGUUCUAUCUACAACAGGAAGGUCCAUGUGUAUCAGAACGGCUCUGAUCAACCUGAAGAACAGGACCAGCUUUACAGAGACCGAACAGAGAUGAAGAGAAACCUGCUGAGACCUGGAGACCUCAGUCUGACCUUGAAAUACCCCACAGACAAGGACAGAGACACCUACACCUGCACUGUCUACAGCAGGGAUGGAAACAUCCUGAUGAAGAAACAAGUGAAGCUGCGGGUCGAAGUCCCUGAGGUGGAGGUGGAUUCAGGGGUGAAGUCUGUCCAGCUGCCCUGCAAAACCAAAGGUAACCUGCCUGAAGACAUCAGGGUAGAGUGGACGAACAGAGACAAUGAUACAGUGCACAUGUAUCAGAACGGCUCUGACCAGCCUGAUGAACAGGACUGGUUUUACAAAGGUCGAACAGAGAUGAAGAAAGAUCUGCUGAGAACUGGAGACCUCAGUUUGAUCCUGAAAUACCCCACAGACAGAGACAGACGAAAAUAUACCUGCACCGUCUACACCAAAGACAAAAAAAUCCUGAUGAAGAGACAAGUGGAGCUCUGGGUCAAAGUUCGAAAGGUGGAGGUGGAUUCAGGGGUGGAGUCUGUCCAGCUGCCCUUCAUAACUACAGUUCACCUGGAUGGAAACAUCAGAGUGGAGUGGAUGGACAGAGACAACAGGAAGGUCCAUGUGUAUGAGAACGGCUCUGACCGACCUCAAGAACAGGACCAGGUUUACAGAGACCGAACAGAGAUGAAGAAAGACCUGCUGAAAACUGGAGACCUCGGUCUGACCCUGAAAUACCUCACUGAAAGAAACACCUACACCUGCACCGUCUACACCAAGGAGGGAAACAUCCUGAUGAAGAAACAAGUGAAGCUCCGGGUCAGAGUCCCUAAGGUGGAGGUGGAUUCAGGGGUGGAGUCUGUCCAGCUGCCCUUCAUAACCACAGUUCAUCUGGAUGGAAACAUCAGAGUGGAGUGGAUGGACAGAAACAACAGGAGGGUCCAUGUGUAUGAGAACGGCUCUGACCGACCUGAAGAACAGAAUCAGGUUUACAGAGACCGAACAGAGAUGAAGAAAGACCUGCUGAAAACUGGAGACCUCAGUCUGACCCUGAAAUACCCCACAGACAGAGAGAACAACAUCUACACCUGCACCGUCAGCAGGGACAGAAACAUCCUGAUGAAGAAACAAGUGAAGCUACAGGUCAAAGUCCCAAAGGUGGAGGGAGGGUCAGGGUCUGUCCAGGAUCCUCUUUUAGCCACAGAUCACCUGACUGGAGAAACCGGUGUGUAGCUGCAGUGACCUCCGAGCAAUGAUGAGCCAUGUGCAUCUGAGAGGCAGUGAUCAUCCUGACAACCAGGACCAGGUUUUCAGAGACAACAGAAGAAAUGAAACUGUGGUACCUUCAGACAGCCGUCACUAACCAGAUUCAACCUCAUCUGUGGAACAGUGACCACAUCUUGUUUUCAUCGGGCAUGUUUGAAAAAUCAGUUUUCUUGAUAUUUCCUGAUAGAGCCUAGCUCUGGCAGGAUUUUUCUACGAUGUCCAGCUGUUGCUGUCAUCGUCAGAACAAGGUCCUCGGCAUAAAACACAGACUCUAUCACUGAUCUCACACAUCCAGUAUCUGUGGAUGAUCUGGAACAACUACCUACUGACCUGCUCUGGAUCUUCCUCAGCGAUGUCCUUACAGAGGCUGUGCAGGUCAUUUGUUCCUGUGGAUCACCAGGUACUGAGGACCUCUGAAGGCUUUUUAACAGCUUCACUGUCUGCAGCGUCUGGAUGGCACUUUCUCUCCAGGAGAAAGAGAAAGAGGAAAAUGGAAAGGAAUUUGCAGCUGGAGUCAGUCCAUUAGAAGAAGAGGAAAGAGGAAAAAGCCUUUACUGUCAUUUGGAAGUGUUGCUUCCAUAUGAUGCCACAAAGUGGAAAAAGAGGAGAAGGAAGACUUAAAUGUAAAUAAAACAAAAAUUAUCUCACACCCAUUUUCAGAAACUGAGUCUGAUUUAAAUAGUAAAAUAAACAGAAGAAUAUAUGAAGGUGUCUCUAAAGAUCGACCAGUAGAUGUUUGAUUACACAGAGAGAAUGAACAAGAAUGAUGCUAUUGCACAAGUUUGAAGAACUGUUAGUUUGCUGCUAUAAACAGGAGCAUUAGCAGAGUGUUCACUGCUGCUGAUGUGAGGAGCAUGUGUAUAUUUAUCCUGUGUGUAAAAAUGUGUGUAUUCAGGAUUAUAGUGUUUCAUGCUACAAAUGGUGUUUAAACAGUGCUGAUUAUUGGAUUGUUAUUAUGAUGUAUUUUCCUGACAAAAGGAUAAAUCAGCAUGUUUAUGAUCUAAACUAUGACUAAUAAAUGGAAGAGUCUCUGUC